AUGAUGUCAUCCAUCACCAGGUUCAAUGACAGCCUUGUGAGCAACCAAACCUUUGUCCUAAUUGGCAUUCCUGGGAUGCAGGAAAAGGACUCUUGGAUGACCUUCCCAUUGUUUGUGCUCUAAGUCCUGACACUGCUUGGAAACUUCUCAAUCCUCUUUGUCAUCAAGACCAACCAAAGCCUUCAUGAGCCUAUGUACUUCUUCCUUUCCAUGCUCGCCUUCUCAGAUCUGGGCCUCUCCAUGUCCACCAUGCCAACAAUGUUGGGUGUCUAUUGGUUUGACUCCAUGGAAAUUGGAUUCAACACCUGCAUCACCCAGCUGUUCUUCAUCCAUGCAUUUCAGUGGGUAGAGUCAGGCAUUCUUGUGGCAAUGGCUUUUGACCGGUUCAUUGCCAUCCGUGACCCUUUAAGGUACAGAUCAAUUCUCUCAAAUUCUGCAACUGCAAAAAUAGGAAUGGUUGUCUUUUCCAGAGGUUUCUGUGUUGUCCUCCCAGGCCCCUUUCUUAUCAAACGGCUCCCUUUCUGCAGGUCCAAUGUGCUUUCUCACUCCUACUGUCUCCACCAAAAUAUAAUGAAAUUUGCCUGUGCAGAUACAAAAGUCAACAUCUUGUAUGGUUUGACUGUAGUUGUUUGCACUUUGGGAUUGGAUGUUGUCAUCAUUCUUUUAUCAUAUGUCCUGAUCCUGAAGACUGUUUUGAGCAUUGCAUCCCAUGAAGAGCCCCUCAAGGCUCUGAACACCUGCGUCUCCCACAUUUGUGCCAUCUUGAUUUUCUACAUCCCAAUGAGUAUGAGUAUACCCAACAGUAUGGUACAUCGAUUUGGGAAGAAUCUUUCCCCCAUUGUCCACACGCUGAUGGCCAACAUCUACAUUGUAGUCCCACCACUUCUUAAUCCUGUUGUGUGCAGUGUGAAGACCCAGCAGAUUCAGCGGAGGAUAUGCAAAAUUUUCCAGUUAAGGAAGACUAGGGGUUAA